ACAGGUUAGACUUGCUCUGUCCCGCCCACAGCUUCUUGUAUAAAAUUCAUGUUGACUCAGCAAUGUUUUGGAAGUGCUUUGCCCCCUCUGAUUCGCUCUUCCUUCUUCCUCUAUGUGCACACAACCAGCCCGAGAAAACUAGCUUAGGACUUGCAGCCGGACGCAGCUGAGUGUGUUCCUUUGCACGAGAGCCAUCUGCGGAUACGUAUUUUGUUCUCCCAGGGAAGUGAGCAGAGGUGCGGGGUCGAAAUUGGAGACCAAACUAUAUGGUUGUUUCCUGAAAUGCUUCUGCAGUCAAAGCGGUGAAGAUGGAAAGAAAGAAAAGAGUCAUUGCUCCUCGUGGGACACGAGAAAACGCAGAAAGUAGCAAAGCAGCAGAUGGAAAUUCAGGAGCACAACUGGAUAUGUUAGCAAAAGCGCACGAGUGCUUUCAGAUCUGUGAUGUAGAAGGCAAAGGAUUCAUCGCUCGUUGUGACAUGCAGAGGCUUCAUGGUGGGUUACCUCUUAGUCUGGAAGAGCUGGAGAAUGUAUUUGAUACUCUGGACGCAGAUGGCAAUGGUUCACUUACUCCAGAGGAAUUUUCCACAGGAUUUAGUCAGUUUUUGUUGGGUCGGACGGCAUCUGUUUCCGACACACAAGAAUCCGAAACUGAAAAUGUGUAUCAGUCUGAAUGGGAACAAAACCGCAUGGAAAGCAAUGAAGAGGAAUAUCAGUUCUCGAAUCUUAUGGAGAGGCUUGGCGCUAACAAGAUCUUAGAAGACGAGAGUGACAUAAAGCAACUCUGGUCACACCUGAGAAAGGAUGAGCCACAUUUACUGUCUAGUUUUGAAGAGUUCCUGACAAAAGUUUUCUCUCAGCUUCAAGAAGCUGAUAAUGAAAAGAGUGAAUUAGAGCGAGUCCUCAAUAGGAAGAUUGCCGCCUAUGAUGAAGAAAUCCAGCAUCUCUAUGAGGAAAUGGAACAGCAGAUCAAAAAUGAGAAAGAAAAAUUCCUUUUGAAGGACACAGAAAGGUUUCAGUCCCGAAGUCAGGAUCUGGAGCAUAAGCUUACAGCAAAAGAGCAGGAACUGGAACAAUUGGCUCAGAAACAGAAGAGAUUAGAGGGACAAUUUAAAGAGCUGCACAAUGACAAGCAGGAGACCAAAGUAGAAAAUACCAAGCUGAAGCUUACAAACAAAGGGUUGCUGGAAGAACUUGAGAGAACAUCCCAGGAGCUCCUCAUUGCCCAGCAGCACUUGCAGAUGCUUCAGGAUGAGGCCAAAAAACUGCAGGAAGAAAAGGAAAUUGAGGUUUACAGAGUGACAGAAACGUUACAGAGGGAGAAGUCAGGGCUUCUUAAGCAGCUGGACUUUUUAAGAGAAAGGAACAAAUAUCUGAGAGAUGAACACGACGAAUGUUUACAGAAAUGUAAGAAUGCUCCAACUGCAAGGUGGAAAGAAAGAUCAGGCUCGAUCAUUGGCAAAUAUUUGGAGAAAAAGGUUUCGCCAAAAAGCCAGUCUUCAGAAGAUGAUGAUACAUUUAACACUGAAAGGAGAAGAAAUUCCACUGGUUUGAACGGGUAUCUUUCAUUUGAUUCUGAUUCUGCUCCUGGUGAGGGACUGACUCAAAGAAAGCCUCUACAAAGGCUAAUAUCAAUUGAGGAAGAUCACCUUCCCCAGCUUCUAAACAGACCGGGAGAGAGGACGCUAACCAAGUGGUCUGAAGAAGAUGAAACCAACUUGCCAGAACUGGAAACGAAUGAGAUCCAAACAGAAUCACCGUCUGAACAGACACCUUCCUUUCCCAGGGGGCAGCCAGUAGGCAAAGAAACACUAGCAAAUGAUGAACAAGGGUCCUUUGCUCCAAAUGGUUUAUUCAAGAUUGUCAUCGUAGGCAAUUCAAGUGUGGGGAAGACUUCCUUUUUAAGGCGUUUUUGCGAAGACCAUUUUUUCCCAGGCACUGCUGCUACAGUUGGUGUGGAUUACAGUGUAAAAAUGGUGCCAGUGGAUAACCACCAAGUACUGCUGCAAUUCUGGGACACUGCUGGGCAGGAAAGGUACCGCAGCAUCACCAAACAGUUCUUUCGGAAAGCUGACGGCGUGGUUGUGAUGUAUGACAUAACAGCAAAAGAGUCGUUCACAGCUGUGAAGCAAUGGUUAGUGAGCAUUGAGGAAGCAGCAGGGGAGAAUAUUCCUGUCCUCUUGCUUGGUAACAAAACAGAUAAUGAAAAAGAACGGGAAAUCCCCAAGGGAUUAGGAGAGUAUUUAGCCAAGGAUUACAAUCUAAUCUUCUAUGAAUGCAGUGCUCUGUCAGGUGACGGCAUAAACAAGCCUGUCCUACACUUGGCCAGGGUUUUAAAAGAACAAGAAGACAAGGUGAAGGAAAAAACUAUUCAGCUACAUCAAGCCUCUAAGAAGAAGACUUGUUGUCCCAAGUAGUAGGGGGCGUUUAUGGCUUAUACACACUUAACUUUUGCCCUGCUCUUUCCAGCCACUGUUCUGUGCUUAAAAGGACCGUGGCCAAGCCCUGGGCUUGGGUUUGUUUUAGCCUUGGAACUUUCCAUGUAAAAACCUGCUCUUUAGUGCUCAGUCUGAGCAAAUAUCAAUUUGGGUUCUCUGCAGAUGGAUGUUUGCUCCAUUUGAGUGCUAAAGAGCAGCUUUUUGCAAGGAAAGCUCUGGGGACAAAAAAACAACAAACACCCACUCAGACACAGACCUUUUAAGGAAACAGUGGAUGAAGGGUAAUAAUUGCGGGGUGUGAAACGCAGAGCAGUCAAAUACAACAUUCCUAGAGUGGACAUAAAAAGGGUAUGUCUGGACCAGCCAGUCGGAACUCCCUGUUUCCUCCUGGGCUGGGACAAACUUCCUCUACAUGUGACCAGAGGUGGGCGUGACCUCACCUGUGCAGGUAACAAAACAGCACAGGGCAGGACAGCCAUCUCUCUCAGACUCCAUUCCUCAAAGAAGCAACAUCUUCUUAGCCUGAGAUGCUCUCUUGGCUUGGACAAAGGAACUAUCUCCUUAUGGGAUAGAUUCCAUAGUAGUAGCAGUAGUAGUAGUAGUAGUAAUAAUAAUAAUUAAUAAUAAUAAUAAAUUCUUUUAUACCCCGCCCAUCCGGCUGGGUUUCCCCAGCCACUAUGGGCAGCUUACAACACAUCUAAAAACAUAAUAAAAACAUCAAUCCUUUUUAAAAAGGGUUAGUGUGGAUAGGCCCUACGUCCAUUUUUUCCUGUUAAUAAGUAAACUUAGUCUUUUACCCUUUGCAUAGAAUACACCACAUCUGUCACGCAGUACAGUCAGAAGCAUUCACCAACAAAACAUAAGAAAACAUCUGAAGAGCAUUAGCACACUGGAUUAUGCUAACGGGUAUUUGGUUUCUGCUGGGCUGUGAGUUAUUCCAGGUGAAGCCCCACUUCUGUUGGCGAGUGCUUCCUUUCCUUUUCCUCCUACAACUUCCUGCUGGUUUCUGGUACUCUUCCCGCUUCCUCCUCUUCUGGGGAUGCAGUUUGACACUGAUAAGUUCAGGGCUUAACCUCACAGUCUUAAAAUCCGCCUUGCCACAGCCUGUUUCGCCACGUGCCAUCUCCCUUAACUGGAGGUAAAGCCAGCUUUUUUGCCUAAUCGAUAUUAACAUGAAAAGGUUUUUUUAAAAUAAAAAAUAAAAAAUGCAUUCAGUUGUGCCAUAAAACAUUUGUUUGCUACAUCAUGGUUUUCCCUGCUUCCAUACCCCACAUCCUUGCUGUUGCCCAAAAGCACCUUGGCCUAAUUUCAUAGUACUGUACUGUAUAUUCCAGCGUAUAAGACGACUGGGCGUAUAAGACGACCCCCAACUUUUCCAGUUAAAAUAUAGAGUUUGGGAUAUACUCGCCGUAUAAGAAAUACGACCCGGCAUAUAAGACGACCCCCAACUUUUGAGAAGAUUUUCCUGGGUUAAAAAGUAGUCUUAUACGCAGGAAUAUACAGUACUUGUUGCUGCUGUUGAAUUCCAGGUGCAACUUUCUGUCCUCCUUGGAAGGAGUUCCCUGGUAGGAAGUCCCUUUUCUCUCAUUGUGGCUUCCUUCCGAGUUGGAGUGCCUGAUUGAGUUGCUAGCACACCAGGCACAAUGCCCUCUCCUCUCUCCAUAGUCUUUCAAAGUGCAAAAGCUUUGCUGUCCUCUGUUGGCAGCCUCCACAUUUCCCCAGCAGCCCAGGCAGCUGCAUGCAAGAGCGGAGCUGGAAAUAAGCAGUGCAGCCUUUGUACUGGAUAGGAUUUACUCUUGAGGAGGCGGAAGUGCCAAGUGAGCCGUGCCCCCCCCCCUUCACAGCCACAUCAUUCAUGUUGGUGGCAAGUAGGGUCUGGGCAAGUGAAAAGCCCAGAGUUGUUGGUUUCUUUGCAAAAUCUCUGUAAAAAAUUGAAGUUUUUGAGCUAUUUGUAAGGAAAAAUGACACAGCCGACAGGGAUUGCCAUACGUCCAGAUUUCCCGGACAUUUAAGCAAUUUCUGCCCAGACACUGCUUCUGACAGCUGAUUGCCGGCUAUGUCCAGGACAGUCUGGACAUAUCGCCACCCUAGUGGUAAGGGGGGGGAAUAGGUAUAAAGAAAAGAAAAUUAUUGGAUGCAAAGGCAAGGACUCUUUGGUGAGAUAACCCCAGAAGAGAUUUAACUGCUUGUGAUUAUUCCAGAUAAAUAGAAAGAAGUGUGCAUGCACACGAAAGCUUAUAGCAAGAACGAAUUUAGUGCUACUGGACAAUUUAUAUAUAUAUAUAUAUAUACUUUUCCAUUUUGUUAGCUGAUCAUUUGUUGUUUGAUUUAGAAUAUUCUGAAAUGAAAUUCAUUUGGGAAAUAAAACUUUUAACUGCUGAAAUGAAAGAACAGUUUUAAACAUAGCUUAAUAAAUUCAUUGGAAAGUUGUUCAUAAUUAUAUUUAUUGUAUUUAUAUGAAUAUUGAGACAAAAAGAAAUGAAUAUGUUUUGAUAAAAAUAUAUUGAUUCAUUUGUUCCAUUUUAUUUAGUUUUUGUAAUUAUUUUAAUUAAUGUAAUCCAAUCACCUCAGUUUUUUCUCCAUUUGCCUAACUACUAUAAAAAGAUCAAGGCUAUUUCUGUAUUAGUUUGAUUCACUUUAACAAUUGUGGCUGCAAUCCAGGCCCAGACAGACAGAUAAGAUUUUUUCCUGUUUUCCCCCAAAGGCUUUGUUUAUAUUUUUCUUUAAAAAAAAUAAACAUUUUUAAUUAUGAAAUAUUUUGAUGAUGAAGAAUAACAUGUUUAGCACACUGUGUUCAUAUAUUUACUCUCUCAAAAUGAUUUCUGUAUAGCAGGAAUACUGUUGUAUAAUACUAUGCACAGUCUCGGAUCAUUACAGUUCCUACACCAAAUCAAUAUGAAAUGGUAGAGAAGCUUGUUGAAAUCCAGGCUUUUAGAAGUCCAUGAUAAACAUGAUGACAAGUAUGAAGAAACAAAAACUGAUAGGAGCUCAGAAAAGGAGACUGACGGAAUUUCAUGUCAUAUUCACAUUGAUGGAGUGAGCUCCCAUUGCUCGGUCCCUGCUUCUGCCAACCUAGCAAUUCGAAAGCACGUCAAAGUGCAAGUAGAUAAAUAGGUACCACUCCGGCGGGAAGGUAAACGGUGUUUCCGUGCACUGCUCUGGUUUGCCAGAAGUGACUUCUUCAUGCUGGCCAAAUGACCCGGCAGCUGUAUGCCAGCUCCCUCGGCCAGUAAAGCGAGAUGAGCGCCGCAACCCCAGAGUCGCUCACGACUGGACCUAACAGUCAGGGGUCCCUUUACCCUUUACCUUUAAAGUAGGAAAGCCAAAGAGAUGCUAGGUUCUUACAGUCCAUCUGCUUGUUACAUAACCACUUCCUCAUCCGCAAGAGGACCUCUCCUCUUAUUCUAGAACUACUAAGCUUUACGCUUUGUCAAAACCUUUUUGGAAGUCCAAGAAGACCAUGGAAACUGCCUGCAUCUUCAGGCUUGUUGGCUCUCAAAUAGGUUAGUGAGACAGGAGGACUUCUUCUUGCAGCAACCUUGCUGGUUCCAUGUCAGCAAGGCUUGCUCAAUAUGCUUGGCUAUUUUAUCUGGCAGUGCGUUUCAGGAUUCUAGGUGGAAGGUAGGGGGUUCUACGGCACAAGCUGAAUCCUCCUCCCAUCAAGCACAGGUGGGUGGGAAGGAAAUUUGACCAUCAAGAAAGAUACAUUAGUGGCCAGUAGGUAUAAAAAGGUUGACUAACCCUGUAUUAAGCUAACUAGCCUGUAAUUUCCAGGAUCCCAUGUAUCGCUCUCUAAAAUAAUUGUUACCUUGGCCACUUUCCAGCUAUCAGAUUAUUGUUGUUGUUUAGUCGUUUAGUCGUGUCCGACUCUUCGUGACCCAUGGACCAUAGAACACCAGGCACUCCUGUCUUCCACUGCCUCCCGCAGUUUGGUCAAACAUAUAAUACAGAGGCUGAUCAUUGUAACACAAUACAUAUUUUUGUUAGAAGAUCAGCAAUUGCACAUUUGAAUUCUCAGGUGGUUGCUCUCUGGGACCACCAACCACUCAGUUUUAUUUUGCCAGAUUGUUGUUGUUUUGGCGCUUUUCACAGUUUUUGGAAUUUCAAUUUCCCCUGACUCAUUUUUUACUGAAUUUUUGGAUUUUUCUUACAUAAAGGUCACAAUUUUUUGCUAUCUCGGAGAAUUUUUUAUUCUCCUGAUGAUUUCUCACUCUUUUUUGGAAUUUUUUUGUUUUGGGGGCAUUAUUUAUUGUGUUUUUCAGAGUUGUUUGAGUUGUUGUUUUUCCAGAUUGGCAGGUCACUAUUUUCUUUUUCUGACAUUUUUUUUUGAAUCUUUGAUUCUCCAGACCAUUUUUCACAUGUUUUGGAUUUUUCCCCUUGACAUGUGGGUCAGUAUUUGGGGUGUUUUAAACUUCUUUUGGAAUUCUUGUUUUUCCUGGUCACGAUUUUUUGCGUUGGGGGCUUUAAUUCCCACCCCACCCCCCGCCUUACGAGUUUUUCACAUUUUGAGAAAUUUUUCAAUUUUUCUGACCCGCACGUGCAUUCCCACAAACAACUACAGGGAAAACAAACAUUGCUAUUUCAUUGGUUCUAUUGAUGUUUGUUUCUCUAUAUGUCAGUUCCUAUCAGGCCUCUCAAGUCUGAAAAUAGAGGGAGGCAUUUUCUUGUUAUUAUGCAGCCAGAUAUGGAAAAAGGUCAAGACUGCAAUGUGAAGUCUUCCUUUAUUCAGCUUCCAGAUGAUCUAUUUUAACGUAUGGAUGUGAAUCCUCUGCAUCUGGGUUCUCUCAUGCUGCAUGUGCAAAUAUAUCUGGUGAAACAAGGAAGGACUUGAUACCCUGAUUUUCCAUUUCCAAAUCAACCAAUGUAUUUUAAAUCACCAUAUGAAAAACAUCACAAAGACCUCGGACAUAAAUACAUUUGCAUGGAAAUAAGCGCUACAGAUUCUAAAAGUCGUUUUCAAAUUUGACUUGUGGUUUUGCUGCUUGUGCACUUACGAGUGUAAGAAUGUAAAUAUGACAAUCAUAAACUGAUGGUUUAGGCCAGUCCAUUCUCUUUUGAAUCUCUAGGCAGUUAAUGAGCCAGGAAAUAAUCUUAUUGUCUGCAGGUCCUUAGGCCAGACUGCUGCUACUAUUUUUGAAACUGGUCUACCCUUAAUCCACUUAGCCAGUCAAAACCUCACCCUCUUUUGUUCAGACAGUUUAUGAGUUUACAGCCUUCGUGUAUAUCUCUUCCUUCCCUUCAGAAACCAAAAAUAUUGCAAAAGUCAUAUAGUGGAUGUCAAAUUGUUCUGUUAUUUAAAGACUUAAAAUGACCCACCUAUUUAUUUAGUGGUGGGAAGAACUAGCUUUUAUCUUUUUCAACUGAGUCACCUUCUAAUUGCUGCCAGCAAAUAUCUGUACUUGUUGUUUUUACCAACACCAUCGGUUAGACAGAGUACAAAACCAGCCACAUUUGUAUAAUUAAAUAAAAGUAACAAUAUAUCCUCUAUUAAUUAUAAAGAUCUGCUAAGGUGAGUUCAGUUUGAUACGGUUUCUUUAAAGCUUAUAGUAAUAAGGUUCCUGUUGCACACAAAUUAUUCCCUGCACUAUUCAAGAGUGGAGCUAACCUAGUCUAGAGUUCUGCAACCUCUUUCCAACAGUGGCCCAUCAAGAUGUCUCUGGGAUCUCAUGAGCAGCAAGUAAAAGUUGCAGCCGUUCAUCUCUUUGUUUCAGCAUCAGACACAUUGCUUCUGUACAGGGGUCAGCAAACUUUUUCAGCAGGGGGCCGGUCCACUGUCCCUCAGACCUUGUGGGGGGCCAGACUAUAUUCUGAAAAAAAAAUGAACAAAUUCCUUUGCCCCACAAAUAACGCAGAGAUGCAUUUUAAAUAAAAGGACACAUUCUACUCAUGUAAAAACAUGCUGAUUCCUGGACCGUCCGCGGGGCGGAUUUAGAAGGCGAUUGGGCCGCAUCUGGCCCUCGGGCCUUAGUUUGGGGACCCCUGCUUCUGUAUGUAUAGCUUCCAUUCAGUUACUGUCGCCAGCGACAGACCAAUCCUGCAUGAAUUUUGUUGCUUUCGUUCACAAGAUGUGACAAGUCUUUUUGUCGCGUCCAUUGUCACAUCUUGCAGUAAUGAAGCCCAUCAGUUAAUUAUGCAGGUAUUUUGUUUAUUCUGUUCUAAACAGCCUACAACCCAAUUGAGGGUUGUUCUGGUUAUUUAUUUAUUUUUAAAUAACUAUUAGUUUUUCUUGUUAUCUAAGAGGGGAUGUUGUGUCAUAGAUCUCAUUAUAAGGAUAAUCUAAUGAGAUUAUGAUAAGAUACAUAAUCUAAGGAACUAAGGCUGAGAGGUAGUGUCCGAGAACAAAUGUUUAUGGAUUUUGAGCUACAUAUUAGUCUCCAGUUUGAAACUCAGCUCACCUACUCCCUGGGUGACCUUUAGCACGCAACUCUCUAGCACCAGCUGUAAUACGGGGCAAGAAUAAUACCAAUCUACUUUACAGCAGGAUUUACACCCUUGGAGGCAUAAAUGCUAAGCAAUAUUAUUUCAGUGAGUUGAAAUCCAAUCAAAUCUCUAAAUGAUCUGUUCAGGAAACUGCAGCCGCAACUUCACUUUCCAUGCUACUAUGGACAAACAUGCCAUUAGUCACAAGGCAAUGCAGCUAGUUGGUUGCUAAGGAACGGCUGCUGUUGCUUUAACUUGGUGGGGUGGCUGUUGAUCAUUCACCAGCCAGCCAAGGAGCCUUCAGCUUAAGAAGCAGAGCAGAAGACAAUCACAUUCUGUGUAGGAAUGAGCUGCCUUUUACACCCUGACGUAGAGGGCAGGAUUAGUAACAUCCUGGCCCCCACCAACACCCUUGUGGUUUAUAAAAGGAAAAUAUUAAAAAAACCUUCACCCGUUAAAUGAAUUAACCCCCACUGUACCUAUUUCAAAAUAUCAAAACCAAAAGGCUGUAGGAUUUCACCUGGAGGCAGAAGUGGAAACAAUUCUCCUCGAUCCACAGCUUCUAAAUCAAUGUUUUAUGCUUUAUUGGAAGUUGAGAAGUGCAACAGUUAAAUAUAUUGACAUUUUACAAUUUUCCUUUUCCCUCUCAAGAACAUGCACAGGAACAUAUGCAUAGUACUAUACAGAUCAUAUGCAAAAAAAGACUGAGUGAGAAACUGUUUUUGAUUUUGUGAAUUGAUUCCCUCUGAAUGAAACUGAAUUGUAGUGAACAGAGUUUGAUUUCAAGGUAUUCGGCUCCAAGGAAAUGUUCAAAACUCACAUAAACAGCAUCAGCCAAUUUCUGAAGAGCUGAAUAGGUGCAAAUCUUAUUCACACAGCAUCAAAAAUAAAAUAAAAAACCCUAUCCGAACCUGUUCAGUUCAUUCUUUAAAUUCACACUGUACAACUUAAUGAGUAGUUCCUAUUUUACAAAGUAAUUACACUAAAUACACAAAUAUACAUGAAGCAAAUAAACCUUCAUUUUUAUGAUCCUAUGUCACAAUGAUGUGCCACCUACCUGCUCUCCUCCUAGAAAUACAACUUUUUGCACCCAUCCUUGGCUACAGAAAAAAAUGACUGCAUUAUCUGCAUUUUAAGGUUGCAGGCGUCGAAAGCCAAAAUAUACUCGUCUCCCGCAGUCCUUUUUUUUUAAUCAGUCCUUUCUUUUGCUUCUUCAUUGAAUGCUGGAGAAUGGGUCUUCAUCCCAUUACCCCAGCGGUUUUCCUUCAUAUCUCCACGAUUAACAGCACCCGCAUUCACUGCAGCGCCACAUGGAAAGUCUUAAGGGGAAAAGACUUUAGGCACACAGAUCCAUGUGUCUUAGCAGCCAACCAGCCACCUGUUGCAAGCCACUCGCGUCCCCAGUGCAUUUGUGCUAAUUCCCUGAACAUUUAUGAGACACUCCCCCGCUCAACUU